CCUUUCAAUUGUUACACCAUUUUGUGCUUUUGGAGAGAAAUGGGGCACGAGGUGGAUCUUGCAUUCAUCCAGGCCCCAGAACACAGACCCAAUCUCUCUAUCAAUGAGGCCGGAGGAAUCCCAUUGGUUGAUCUCUCACCGUUGAAUUCUCAGAAUUCAGAUGAUCCACAAGCCCUGGUGGACCUCGUCGCAGAGAUCGGGGCCGCCUGUAGAGACUAUGGCUUCUUCCAAGUAAUCAACCACAGCGUGCCGUUAGAAAUCAGGGAGAAAAUGGAAUCAACGGCUAAGGAAUUCUUCGCCUUGCCUUUGGAUGAGAAGAAGAAGGUGCGACGAGACGAGGCGAAUCCUUUGGGCUACUACGAUACGGAGCACACCAAGAAUGUAAGAGAUUGGAAGGAGGUGUUCGAUUUCUAUGUCCUAGAUUCGCCGUUGAUCCCAGCUUCUGAUCAAACGGUGGACCGUCGAUCAAAGACGGCGCGAAAUCAAUGGCCGGAGUGCCCUCAUAAGUUCAGAGAUAUCUGCAAUGAAUAUGCAAUGAAUGUGGAGAAGCUAGCCUUCGAGUUGCUUGAGCUGAUUUCAUUGAGCUUGAACUUGCCUGCCAAACGACUGAACGGAUUCUUCAAAGACCAUACCAGCCACAUCCGGCUCAACCACUACCCUCCUUGUCCUUCACCAGACCUUGCUCUUGGUGUUGGUCACCACAAGGACGGAGGUGCCUUGACUGUUCUUGCUCAGGACGACGUUGGUGGGCUCAAUGUGAGGCGGAAGGCCGACGGUCAGUGGGUCAGGGUGAAACCUAUCCCAAAUUCUUACAUCAUCAACGUUGGAGACAUCAUUCAGGUCUGGAGCAACGACGAGUAUGAGAGCGUAGAGCACAGGGCGAUGGUGAACUCGGAAAGAGAGAGAUUCUCUAUCCCUUUCUUCUUCAAUCCUGCAAACUACACUAUGGUGAAGCCAUUGGAGGAGCUGACAGAUGAACAGAACCCCCCUAAAUACAGGGAAUACAAUUGGGGUGAGUUCCGCAAAGCGAGGGCACACGGAAAUUUCAAGAAGAUGGAUGUUGAAAAUCUUCAGAUAUAUCACUUCAAGAUAUCCAAAUGAUCCACCUCCUCCCACAUCACGAUUAUGUUAGAUCACGAAGGAUGAUGUCAUUGAUAUGAUGUAUAUGAUAAGGUCUGAGUAUGGUGCUAUUGGUACUUUUUUUUUACCUCUCUCUCUUGGGUGGUGGAGAGUUUUUAUGAUUAAGGCUAUGUUUGGAUGCACUAUUGAAUUGAAUUUGUAAUACUAGCUAUGACCAGAUUGCAAUCACCAUGUGUAGAAUUUAAAUAGGAGUAGGCUCUAAAUUUCAAUUUAUGAUGCUUUCAGUCUGG